AGUGAGGAGGCGAGGGGGGUAUGUUAGCGAGGAUGUUAAGGGUGGUUCGUAGAAAAACGAGUAACUUUGUCCAACGAAGCUAACAAAAAUAGCCACCGUUGGUUAGCUAACUCGAGCAACUUUCUUCCCUUUUGUCUUCCUUUUCAUGAAAGUAUUUACCUAAUUUUCUCCCUCUGUUCAAGCGAGCUGAACAUCUUACUCCUCCUCGUCCCCAUCUCUUAUAUCCACCGAGGGUCCCCUUGAGCACCUUUUAGCCGACAUUGUAGUCCUCAAACCGGGCGAGCGUCCGUACCUCGAGUCGCCGAAUCCCACACACAUUCACUACCAGCUGCGGAGGCAAUGGCGUCCUCCUCCCACUCCGACUUCACCCCCCUCUUUCCCCAGCAGAUGCCUUCCUCUACUUCUUGGCAGAGCAUGUGGGUGGUCGUCGAGGUUCUGGAAGACGAGGGAGCGUGAGGAGUAGAAAACGUCAUCGUCCACUUCCUCCUUUUUACGAGGCAGACAGUGCAGGAAGGUCCAGUCUGGCUGAGCCACACUCGCUGUCUGCAGAUAACACAUACCUACUGCUGAGACCUCAUGGUGAUGAAGAGUGCUUGUCAGUGGGUGAGCCACUCUGUGUGUUCUCCUGUUUGUGGAGCAAAGAGGCGGGCCCUGCUUUAAGGGGGGAAAAGGAGGAAUGCGCUGGAAGUUUUCCUGCACACUUUUGAGGAGCGUCUUUUCCCGUCCUUGUCCUGUCCUGCCCUGCCCCGUCCCGUCCCGUUUCUCACGGCAUGGACACGUGGUCUGCUCUGCUGCUCUUGUGCGGCGUCCACAUCUGUAUCUGCUCUGUGUAUGAAGGGUCAGGACAGUCCGCCUACGGAGAUGAUGAGGACUGGUUUUCUCAUGCAUUUAAAGGGACAGCAUGGUGCGCGCCAAUAAAGGUGAAACAUGGCGACGUGAGCUGCCGCACCCCCAGAGGAGAACACUCCAAGAACGUCAUGGGGACGCGCUGUCAAAUCCGCUGCAAGCAAGGAUAUGAGACGCCGAGUACGGAGGUGGUGUGCAUGGCAAGCAAACACUGGUCCUCCAACUACGCAUGUCGAGAGAUCCGCUGUCUCAAAAUGAGCAUGCCCGCUAACGGCGGCUACAAGUGUUCAGACGGCUCCUACUACAACUCUCGCUGUGAGUUCUUCUGCUUGCCCGGAUUCACCUUGAAGGGCUCCAAGACGGCCACCUGCCAACACAACAAGGCUUGGAGCACCGCCGUUCCCACCUGUGUCGACAUGGAUCCUCCAACAAUCAAGUGUCCUCACGUGAAAGACAGGUGGGCAGAACCAGGCAAACUCACGGCCAGGGUGAGGUGGGACACCCCAGAGGGCGUGGACACGGCUGAUGGCGUCCUGACAGACGUGGUCCUGAAAGGGAAACCCCCCAAGUCGGACUUCCCCGAGGGCCUCCACAAGAUGUCCUACUCUGUGUUGGACCGUGCAGGGAACAAAGGGUCUUGCCGCUUCAGUGUCAGAGUGAGGGUGCGCCGCUGCAGUCCAUUGUCCCCUCCGGACAACGGCUACAUGAAGUGUGACAACGACGGAGACAACUACGGCGCUACCUGCGACUUCACCUGCGCGGGCGGCGCUGAUCUUCAGGGUAGCGCCGCCCGGGUGUGCCAGUACGGACUCACCUGGUCCGGAAGUGACACGACUUGUGCACCCAUGAACAUUAACGUGGGGGUGCGCACGGCAGCCGCCCUGCUGGACCAGUUCUACGAGAAGCGACGACUGCUCAUUAUCUCUGCCCCGACGGCUGCCAAUCAUAAUUACCGCUUCCAGAUGACUAAUCUACAGCACGCCCAGUGCGGACUGGACCUGCGUCACGUGACUGUCAUCGAGCUGGUCGGGACUUACCCGGCCCAGAUUGGCCGCAUCCGACACAGGCUUCUUCCCCCGGUGCUGUCCUUGCAGCUCAGGUUACUGCUCCAAAUUCCUCAAAGGUCCUUCCAGAUGCUUUUGGUGGACAAGCAGGGCACGGACAAGCAGCGCUACCCGUUCCCCAUCACGGCGGCUGAGCUGUUCACCACCAUCGACACUUUCCCCCUGCGCAAGGACGACAUGGUAUUGCAGCAGGCGGCCGGACAGAGCUGUCAAUCAUAAUGGGGCCCCCGUGGACUCGGCCCCUGGACUUGUAGCACGCACUCGUGCAGGAAGUCAUACAGUCCAGUCCAGUGUGUGUACGUGUGUGUGUGUGUGUGUGUGUGUGUGUGUGUGUGUGUGUGUGAAAGGGAGACGUAUCAAGCCACAUGUCACAACAAUCAUAUUGAUUCCUGUGUCUUGUCUACCUGGUUUUUAUUUUACUUUUAUAACGAUUGUUUCUCAAAAAGGUAUUGCUACUUUUUGGAGUGGAAAGAUCUGCUAUGCUAUUGCUAUGUCCCACUUGAACUAUAAUAAUAAUAAUAAUGUAUUCUCACACUCUUUGGACUAUACCAUGUGUUUGUGCAACACCCAUCACUAUAGGAAAUCAUGGACACAGACAUUGUCUGUUCCAGGGUCAAACUGUGGCCCUUUUUUAACUGGACUAUGCUAAUAAAGGAUCUUUGGCUUGUG